GGAGAAACGUGACACACCAGCCCGCUCGCAGGGGUUUCGGACCGAAGGAAAGGAGCUGCUCCGCGUCGUCGUCAGCCUCCCCUGCACUCGGCGGGCACUUCUCCCGGGCUCACCCGAACUCUCCCGUGACCCCCGCGUCCCCUUAGGCCGCCCACCCGCCCGGAGCUCCGGACAACUUCAGGGGUGGGGUGCGUAGAAAGUUUGCGGCUCCUGCCGCCCGUCUCCACGCCUCUCGGCCUAGGAGGCUUUCCGCCCGCGCCCGCCCCGCUCGGCCUUGCCUGGGACCGUGUCCUUGCCCCGCCACCGCCACCAUGAACAAGCUUUACAUCGGCAACCUCAACGAGAGCGUGACCCCCGCAGACUUGGAGAAAGUAUUCGCGGAGCACAAGAUCUCCUACAGCGGCCAGUUCUUGGUCAAAUCCGGCUACGCCUUCGUGGAUUGCCCCGACGAACACUGGGCGAUGAAGGCCAUCGAAACUUUCUCGGGGAAAGUAGAACUGCAAGGAAAACGUCUAGAGAUUGAACACUCGGUCCCCAAAAAACAAAGGAGUCGGAAAAUACAGAUCCGAAAUAUUCCACCUCAGCUCCGAUGGGAAGUGCUAGAUAGCCUGCUGGCUCAGUACGGUACAGUGGAGAACUGUGAGCAAGUGAACACUGAAAGUGAGACAGCGGUGGUCAACGUCACCUACUCUAACCGGGAGCAGACCAGGCAAGCUAUCAUGAAGCUAAAUGGCCAUCAACUGGAGAACCAUGCCCUGAAGGUCUCCUACAUACCUGAUGAGCAGAUAACACAAGGUCCUGAGAAUGGGCGUCGUGGAGGCUUUGGGUCUCGGGGCCAGCCCCGGCAAGGGUCGCCCGUGGCAGCAGGGGCUCCAGCCAAGCAGCAGCCAGUGGACAUCCCCCUCCGGCUCCUGGUGCCUACGCAGUAUGUAGGUGCUAUCAUUGGCAAGGAGGGUGCCACCAUCCGAAACAUCACAAAACAGACUCAGUCCAAAAUAGAUGUGCAUAGGAAGGAGAAUGCAGGCGCUGCAGAGAAGGCCAUCAGUGUGCAUUCAACCCCUGAAGGCUGCUCCUCCGCGUGCAAGAUGAUCUUGGAGAUUAUGCACAAGGAGGCAAAGGACACCAAAACGGCAGAUGAAGUUCCCCUGAAGAUCCUGGCUCAUAACAACUUCGUCGGGCGACUCAUUGGCAAGGAAGGGCGGAACCUGAAGAAGGUGGAGCAGGACACAGAGACGAAGAUCACCAUCUCAUCGCUCCAGGACCUCACACUCUAUAACCCUGAGAGGACCAUCACUGUGAAGGGCGCCAUUGAGAACUGUUGCAGGGCCGAGCAGGAGAUCAUGAAGAAAGUUCGAGAGGCUUACGAGAACGACGUGGCCGCCAUGAGCUUGCAGUCCCACCUCAUCCCUGGGCUCAACCUGGCUGCUGUAGGUCUCUUCCCAGCUUCAUCCAGCGCUGUCCCUCCUCCUCCCAGCAGCGUCACCGGGGCUGCUCCCUAUAGCUCCUUCAUGCAGGCUCCGGAGCAGGAGAUGGUACAAGUGUUCAUCCCCGCCCAGGCUGUGGGCGCCAUCAUUGGCAAGAAGGGCCAGCACAUCAAACAGCUCUCCCGGUUCGCCAGCGCCUCCAUCAAGAUUGCUCCACCAGAAACACCUGACUCCAAAGUUCGAAUGGUCGUCAUCACUGGACCCCCAGAGGCUCAGUUCAAGGCUCAGGGAAGAAUCUAUGGCAAACUAAAAGAAGAGAAUUUCUUUGGUCCCAAGGAGGAGGUAAAGCUGGAGACCCACAUACGGGUCCCGGCUUCUGCAGCCGGCCGGGUCAUCGGCAAGGGCGGCAAAACGGUGAAUGAGCUGCAGAACUUGACCGCAGCCGAGGUGGUGGUGCCAAGAGACCAGACCCCGGAUGAGAACGACCAAGUCAUUGUUAAGAUCAUCGGGCAUUUCUAUGCCAGCCAGAUGGCUCAGCGGAAGAUCCGAGACAUCCUGGCUCAAGUUAAGCAACAGCACCAGAAGGGACAGAGCAACCUGGCCCAGGCUCGGAGGAAGUGACCCCGCCCCUUCCUGUCCCAUUGGCUCCAAGAUCAGCAGGAGGAACACAGAACCGGAGGGCGGGUGGAGGUGGAGGGCCGGUGUGCUCUUCCCAGCAGGCCUGAGAAUGAGUGGGAAUCAGGGCAUUUGGGCCUGGCUGGAGAUCAGGUUUGCACACUGUCUUGAGAAAAAUGUUCCAGUGAGGAAUCCUGAUCUCUCGCCCCCAAUUGAGCCAGCUGGCCACAGCCCACCCCUUGGAAUAUCACCAUUGCAAUCAUAGCUUGGGUUGCUUUUAAACGUGGAUUGUCUUGAAGUUCUCCAGCCUCCAUGGAAGGAUGGGUCAGAUCCCAGUGGGGAAGAGAAAUAAAAUUUCCUUCAGGUUUUAUAAAACCUCAAAGGAUGGUUUGUUUCUUAACCCCUCCAAAUCUUUCUAACCUUCUUGGUUAAUUCACGAAAAUUCCUCCCAUUCUUAACGUCCUGACCAGUAACUUACCUCUUCCUGGAUCCAUUCACACUGUUUCAGUAUUGUCUGGGGUGGGGGAGGGGCGGGAGGAGGGCUAGAACACAGCUUUGUUUACAAUAUUAACUCUGGAGAGCCCUAUCCUGGAUAGUUUUAAUUCUGAUUCUUCCUUAACCAACCACUGGGAACAGCAAGAUAUAAAGGAGAGAGUUAAUAAUUACAGUAUGUACCGAUCCACGUUUAAAAGGAGUCCUUGGGCUAAGGAUAGAGCUCGCCGGGCACAGUGCUUGCCCAGCACGGACGAGGCCCUGGCUUCUAUCCUUGGCAUCACAAAAAGAAAAAAAGCAUGCCUUAUGGCUGAGCUCUUGCAGAUCUUAAAAAAUUGGCACAGCAGAAAUUCCUCCCGGCUGGCCAGCUGGGGCUUCCCCACCUCACUUACGCCCCUGUAACCCUGGGAGUCCUGCACGGUGCCCUGGUACAGGGGAGUGGUGCUGCAUGCUUCAGGGUAGGGCUGACCACGGUCCCUGAUUCCCACCAUUCUCUCUCAGGCGGAUUUUAUAUUUUUUUAAAGUCUAUUUUAAUGAUGGGAUAUAUGAGCUCUGGGAAGGGGGUAUGAGCUCCCUUUGGUAAAGUCUUGGUUCUGGGAGGAGUUGAGUGGCCCAAAGGUGCUCUCGCUCCACCCGUGUGCUUUUACAAGGGCUGAGGCAGGUGUUGCGGUGUGUCCCCACCACGGCACUGUUCCCUUGUGGUGGUCGGACUACAACCCAACCCUGAGCUCCUGAUAAAGCUUAACAUUUAGUCCGUCAUCUGACAAACUUAGUAAAUUGGAGAAUGUUGCUUCUGUUUUUAUCUAGAGGAGUAUUUAACUGACUGCUUAUGCCUCCGUGAAUGUCAUUGUUACUAUGAAAGGUGUGCCUGAAAACAAAGCAGAGUACCAGCCGCAUUAUGCACAAAGGGGUGAGCACACUUCAUUUAUUAAUUUACCAGGCUCACUGAGAUCCUGUUGGAAGUUAACCCUUGUGGAGGGCAGCGGCCAUCAGUUAAGUGAGGCUCGGCCUCCCUCCUGAUCCUGUACUGACUGUAAUGCAUAUUAGCCAGGUGAUGCACUUUAGCUACCCUGGACAAUGCUGUCAAGUGUGCUGGGAAGAAAGGAAGGCCUCUCUGCCUUGUGCUCGGGGUCCCGCUUCCUGACAUUGCAAGGACAACAGUGACAAAGCUACCGUGACAUGUGAGCGGAGUCAGGCAGUGCUGUGCGAAGUAAACUACCUCAAGGUGUGAAGUUACCUCAGCAAUGGUUUUCCUUUUGUUCCCUAAAUCCUGGUUUUUCUUUUUCUUUUUUUUUUUUCUUUUUUUAUUUUUUUUUUUUGCGGCUUGCUGAUAUUUUAUAUAAAAAAAAGAAAAGCGAAGCAAAAGAGAAGCUGAUAGUCUUGAAUAUUUUAUUUUUUUAAUGAAAAGAAAAAAUGAGAAAGUUAUGUUUCAUAAUUUCUUAAAACAUGAGCCAGUAACUCUUUCGGAGCUCUGUGGAGAAAAGGCCCUGUGGGGGGGAAGGUGGGGGUUGGGGGCUGGAUCCAGGGAAGGGAGGCCAUGGUGAAGUGAAAAACUCCAAGGGGCCCAGGUCCUCCCUGGGUUCUAGUCUCUGACCUUGAAGGAGGAUUUAAGAUCUAGCAGAGCUUUAACCCUUGGGGGCCAAACUGUGGGCACCCCUCCUCUCCUCUGGUGAGACAGUACCUUAGCCGGGUGUUCCCACCAGCGGUGCUGUUAUUUUAUGAUAUUGCCUCCGUUUUAUCGAGGAAAGAAAUAAUAACUAAAAAAUAUACUGUUUUAAAAGAAACCUGUAUUUCUUUAAAAAUAUGGGAGCCAAGACUCCAUUUAUGGGAGAAAGACAAGGCCACUCUGUUACCAUCGGGCCACCUGGUUUGUCAUUACAGUGCUUUUCCUGAUGAUUUUUUGGUUAUUGUUUCAUUCCCACCCCACCUUGUUCUUGUCUGUGUCAUUCUGCAUAGACCACAAAGCCAGUGGAUCCUCCAUAACUGCCCUCCCCGUCUCCUUAGGUUGAUCUGCUUCAUUCUAAAAGUGGACCUGUUAGGGCAUUCUUGGUUUUAGAGUGGUGGGUAGCCAAGAGGAAGAAGAGGAAAUGCUGAGUGUGGUUGGGACAGGGUCUUACCACUUGGUCCCCAUCACAGCCACAGCCCCUCAUAGGCUCCAGACCAUUUAGUCCAAAGAGAGAAACAGAGUCAUCAGCAUGUAACAGGCCAGUAGAAUCAAGCUUCCCACCUGGCUCUAUGUGCUUUGUUCCCAUACAGAGCAGACAAUGUUCAGACAUCGGCCAUUUAGUGAUUUCAAGUGGAUUUCUUACAGCAAGCAUGCUUUGAUACCUGGUUCAAGUGACCAUGGGGGGAUCCCACAGUGCCUGGAAUGAGAUUGCUGGAGCAUCUGUUCCUUGGGGACCUGCCCCCUUCACACCUUAAGUCCAAGUCCUUCCCGUUAGCUGAUUGAGCUCCAGAAGAGAUCAGAACAUGUGACAAGGGACCUGAAAACUUACGUGGCCUAGGCAAGGUUCCACUCAUGGCUGGACUUGCCCAGCAGCAAGAUUGUGAAAGUAAGAAUAUGGACUAGGGGCAGAGGUCAGCAGGAAGGGAAAGCCUGGCUUAUUUGGGUUGUCUGGUGACUCAAAGGCCAGAUCUUAGGGCAGCUCCUUAUCCUGCUUGUCACCUCUUUUUUUUUUUUUUUUUCCAACCCUGUCCUAGGUAAGACGGCAAAUUAUUACAAAAAGCACUUGGGAUAUUUGGACAGUUGAGAAAAGCAACCUUUAAAAGAAACUGCUUCUGUGCUCAAAGGUAUAUGUAUAGAGGUGUGUGUGUGUGUGCACUACACACAUAUUUUUAUGAAUGAAAGGAUCAUCUCUUGGGUCUAUUUUUUAAAUUCUUGGAAACACAUAAAAAGCCAAAUGGUUUGACUCACUGACUGACUUUGAAGCUGCAUCUGCCACUUACACCAUCACAGUGGCUUUAACCCCCUCUGGGGUCUGGUUGCCUUUUGCAGUUUGUGGACUUAGUUGCUGGAUGGGGGUCUAGGUACGAGGGAAGUCGUGUGGCCUUUGACUCUUUCUGGCCCUUUCUGUCUUUCAUUUCCCUGAGCUCUCCACUUUUGGGGAAAACUCCUGCCUCGCUAUUGGCUGGAGACACUAUGUCAAAACCCCGAGGAUGCUGGAACAGGAUGUUCCGGUUGGUUCUGUGUGUCCGUUUUCCUUUGUGCCAAAGACAGACAGACAGACAGACAGACAGAGGCUGAGAGGCUGUUUCUAAGACAAAGCAGUGGCCGGCCAUCUUUCUACAUCUCCUAGGCCUGUCUGUGAGGGGGAGGGUCCUGGAGACUACACUAAAGACAAGUACCACUCUUGUUAAGUUCCUUGGGGAUUUGGGUGUGGUGCUUGCCCAGGGCUAGGGAACAGGGAAAAGGGGGGUCCUUUGGCUCCCUGUUGCACUUUGGGGAAGGAGGGAAUCUUGGGCUCCCUGUGGGACUGCUCUCCUCCCCUGUCCCCACUGCAGAGAUGGCACCGUGGAGUUCCCUUCAGGCCUGGCAGACUGGCAGUGAGGAGGGGCCUCAGUUAGCUCUCAAGGGUGCCUUCCCCUCCUCCCUUCCCAGACACCCUCUGCCAAACUGGGAACCAGCAGUGCUACUAACUACCUCAGCCCCAGAGGGCGCCAAGCCUAACUGAGCCCCAGGAGGAGCUGUCGAUUUAGGCAACUCUUCUCCCCUCUCUCGGGACGAGGUCGCCUUUCCUUUUCCUAAGUGUUCCUGGGGGAGAUCCUAGUGGCUUUGCCAUUCAGACCACACAACUGUUUUUGCCUGUUUGUUGAAAACCAAUAGAAGGAGACCAGCUUGGCAGGACAUUGCAGGAAGAUUGAAGAGAUCCCCUCAUCAAUGCCAGGGGAUGUAAAAGCCAUUUUCCUUCCAGAUACUCAAUGGUUUAGGUGCAGAAUGUUCCUCUUGUAUUCAGACAUAGAGUAAUGCCAGCUGAAACGCCAUGUUUCUUUCCUUUGGAUACAUCUCAGUGAGGGUUCAAGAUCCGGGUCAGGCCACAUGCUUCAGGGGUCUAGAGGCUAGGCCAAAGCCUCAGCCCUGCACGGCCUGAUAUGGUAUCAUUAUGGAUGCCCUCAAAUGGUUGACUAUGGACUGACAAAAGAAGAGAAUUUGUUUUUCUUAAAUAGCAGGAUGCUCCUGGAGUGUGUGUUUUUCAUAAUCACAGAUGAUGAAUACUACGAGUAUAAAUGGAUGAACUACCUCAGUCCUCACAGUAAGAUUGGAGAUGAGGGCAAGGACUCAUGCCUUGGGCAUGAAUCCCAGCCAGGAGAGAGUUUUGGCUUAUGCCACACUAGGUUUGUCAUGGGGAUCGGGCAGGCCUGCCCAGGUCCCCACUCACAUUGGUCGGGUUGGCAGGGUUCCGUCAUCUCGUGUCCCCUCCCCCCACACACACACCCCAUCCCCUUUUCUGCUCUCCUCACCCGCUCUCUCACCCCUUCACUCCAGCUCCUUCCCCUCCUGCCUGCUUAAGCUUGAUGGACCUGUGGGUGAGGAAAGGAAUGGGCUCCUUAGAGAGCUGGAUGGAGGGUGGUUCUGGGGCCCGCCUGGAAACCCCUAGUCAGCUCCUAGGUUGGGAACUGGGGCCUCUUCAACAGGGUUUCUUCAAGAUCCUCUGCCUCCACUGAGUCCCCUCGGGAGGUGUGGGGGUGGGUACGGUGGCUCUGAGAUAGAGCAGGAUCCUUCCGCCCUGGGGCCUGGUCCAGUCUACCAGGCUCGCUCAGGCCACCUUUGUAGUUGACCACCGUCAGGUGCCCUAGCCCUCCCCACCCCUAAAUGACCUCCUUAUAGAAGCCCGUUUCACUUUUGGUUUUAAUCUACCUCUUAGCAAAACAAUAUAGAGAAAUUUAGGUAGUGGCAACUCCACUUGCUUAGGUUAGGGGGGGGGAAAGGUUUCUUUUUCCAAAGGAAAAAAUAUUACCUUAAAAAUACUUUCCAAAAAAUCUUAAAAAAAAAUAAAAACCAAAAAAAAUUUUUUUCUUUUAAGGGAGGGAGACAAUUUCCAAUAACCAUGGGAUUAAUUUCCUACACUGUUUUCCCCCAUGCAUAUGGUUUCCUCUUUGGCAGUUGUCACAUAUCACAUAGUGAUACAGCUUUCCCAGUGAGCUCCUUGGCUGGUCACAUCCCUACCCCAAGGAGUGCCAGUGAGACUCACCUGUGCUUCCUGUCACAACUCUGGCCAGGUGACCUGGACAUCUCAAACAGGAGCACUGGGCAGGGGUGCUUCUGGCCUCGGCAGGUGGUUAGGGAACCUUAUGUGACCACAGUUUUAUGUGAACCACUGCUUAUAAGCUCAUUGGAAAUGAAUUUAAGCAGAUUAUAAAUUUGCAUGAUGAAUAAAUACCUUUUACCACCAUUUGGAGUCUCCCUUCUCUUCAGAAAUCUUGAUUCUGUUCUCCGAAACCAGAGUUAAAUGAGAAGAGCCCAUUCCCCUCAGGCAGAUUGGGUUGAUAGGCAGUCCGAGGACAUGGCUUCCGGGGAGGGCUUUAUUUUUCUGAGUGGAUAUCUGGGAGGCAUUGGGGGGGGCCUGCUGCUUGUGACUGUUAGACUCUGUAAUUGCGACAACUUUGGGAUUGUAUUUUACCAGAACUCUGCCGGCCAUCCUGACCCUGAAUUUGAUUGUGCCUUCCUCCCUCCCUUCUCUGUUCUUGAAGCUGGGGGAGGGGCAAUGGGCUCGGACUUGGCAAGUUUGUUUAUUGAAUGGAUGAACGAACACUCCCGGGGGUCCCUUCCGGGCAAAAGCUGUUUCAGCCACAAAGCAAUCUCAUUCCACUGUUUUCAGUCUCAAAAUAAAAGGAAACUUAUAUUGAAA